GCCGAGGCCCGCCCUUCCGGCGGCCGUUGCUAGGCGACCGGAGGCAGCCAUGGCGGGCGCGGCGCUAACGCGGGCCGCGCAACUCUGGUCGCUGCUGGACGAGAUGGCAGAGAACGAGCCCCAGGCCUACCGCCGGCUCCUGCAGCAGCAGCGCGCCGAGGCAGAGCUGUUCUGCGCUCCCCCGGAGCCUCACCUGUGCCUGCGGGCGCGUCCCGCGGGUGGUGUCGGGAGGCCGCUGUUCAUCAAUGUCUGCAGCUGGAAAAGGCUCCCGGCACCUAAAGGUCCCGCUGACCCCACACCUGUCAGUGCGGGGCCGCUACAAGAGGUAUCUGGCGAAGGAGACCUUUACAGCAUUAUAGAUAUUGCCUAUAACCCAGAUGUUCUUCAGAGGAGACAAGAAAACCCAGAGAAAAUGGAGCACUUGAUCCAUUUGACACUUAAAUUUGUUGAGGAACGAUGCGACCUUACUCUUUCUCAUUUGUACACCAUUGAAUCAUUCAAACUGAAGGGAAGCCUGGAAACGAUGCAGCAGCGUCUGAGAGGAAGGCAGAGGCCAACUCCACAUCACAGUCAGAACACAAAGAAGGAACUAACACUUGACGAGAUGCUACACACUAUGAAAGCUGAGGACUGCAGCAAUGCUUCGGUCCUGCUGAAGGAAGAACAUGUGAGGCAGCCGAAAGGGCAUCUGAUAGAGGAAAUUGCUAGCACUGAAACGCCAGAGAAGCUCAGUACCCCUGCCUAUGAAAUGAUCACUGUAAAGGAUGCGAACAAGAAAUCACUCAAAAUUGAACUCAGAAUUGAAUUGCCUAAGGUUAGCUCGGUUUCUGAGUGUGAUCUGAGAAUGUCAAAGGAUGACAUAGUGAUUGAAGUCCCUGGAAAAUACAAAUUGCAACUAGAGCUGCCAGAAUUGGUGGAUGAAGAAACAACUACAGCGGUAUUUAACAAAGGAAAACAGAUACUGUUUAUCACAGUGCUGGUUGCCAAGCCAGAUCCUUAAAGGCAGCAUUCUGUCCAGUUCAUGUUCACAGAUGCCAGAAGAAAAAAAAAGCUCAGAAUGAGAAUCCUAACUUUUAGAAGGUGAUGAGAUGGGUUUCUUUAAAUUGACCUUCUGAUCUUCAGGGGUGAAUACCUCAAAUGUAUGUAGAAAAGGAAGUCUGAAGGAACAUUAACACCACAAAAGUUAGGACAAAUAUAAGUUUAAAGAUUGCAAAUAUUCAAGGAUUGACUUGAAUAUGUUAACAGCUGUAGUAAAAGACCAUAAAUGCAUACAUUCAUUUUGCCUUAAGGUACAGCAGUAACAGUUGUGAAGUGUUUUUGCAGAAUAAAUUGAUUACUGGAUAAACACGGUUAUUGCAGGUCUCACAUGUGUUUAAUACUGCAACCUGUAGAGGUGUGUCAUACACAGUUCUACAAGUUGUCCUGCAUGGUGUUCUCAGUCUCUAGGACAAUCCCUGCUGAUUUUAACAGGAACAGGCUUUGUAGUCACUGAAUAUGCUUGACCUCAGUUCUUACUGGUUUCGUAAUCUCUGAAUGAGACCACAAAAACCAGACCUAUUCUGUACCAUUCAAAACAACAUCUACAGAUUCAAAGCUCAGGAAUGCUUGGAGUGAAGCUAGCAACCAAAAACAAUCUUGCAGCAUUUCAAUUAGGAAAGACCACCUGCAUUAUUUUACAGUAAUACACAAAAUACAAAGUAAUACAAAGCAACAAAAAGCAACACAAAACAGCUUCAAGGAUUACUAAGCAUGACUAGAAUUGGCACAGGGACAAACAAAAGUUUAAGUGAUCUUAUUUCCAUGAUUGAUUUGGUAGUAUGUCAUUCUUAUGGCUUACAACACGUGCAUUACAACCAUGCUUCUGUACUGAUACUCAUCAGAUCAGAAAUGGAAACAGGCAAAUUGGUUUUGGGCUGCAACUUUAAAAUACAAACUGAUGAAAGUGCAGUUAACUCCUAGCUUUCCCCAUUCUCUGUUUCAAAGAGACUUCUGGCUGCAUUGAGACACUCUUCAGUGGUUAUAGUUGCAAGUUCAAGAUGAAAUUCCACCACUGCAUGAGCUGAGCUGGCCUGUUGCGGGAUGCAAG